GCACCCGUACAAGACUUUUGAUAAAACUUUGGUGUCAGCAGAUCGGUCCAUCCCAUGAUAAAGCCAAUGGCAAGCAAACUUGGGAGGUUAGCAUGCGGAAGAGCAAGCCAUGUCAAGGCAAGCUCUGCAUCUCUUCGACACUCCUAGCAUUCUCUCUCUUCUCACUUCAUCUUCUUCUCUCUCUCAAGCAAGACAGUCUCAUGCUCACAUUCUCAAAACUGGCCUUUCCAUCGAUACCCAUUUCAACACCAAGCUUCUCUCUCUCUACACCCACCACCUCUGCUUCGCCGAUGCAGAGCUCGUCCUCGAUUCAAUCCCUCAACCCGAUCUCUUCUCUUUCUCCACCCUCAUAUACGCUUCUUCAAAGCUCAAUCGAUUCACUCAUGUUCUUAGUCUGUUUUCGAAAAUGCUCUCUCGAGGCCUAUUGCCUGAUUCCCAUGUCCUCCCCAGUGCAUUCAAGGCCUGCACUGGAUUAUCUGAUCUCAAAUCGGGAAAACAGGUCCAUGGCAUUGGAUUUGUAUCUGGGUUUGUCUCAGAUUCGUAUGUUCAAUCCUCUUUGGUUCAUAUGUAUGUUAAAUGCAAUCAAUUAAGGGAUGCCCACAAGGUGGUUGAUGAAAUUUCUGAACCAGAUGUGUUUUCUUGGAGUGCUUUGGUUUCGGGUUAUGCUAAACAAGGAUGUGUAAGCAAGGCGAAGGGGGUGUUUGAUGAGAUGGGAAGUUUAGGAAUUGCUCCUAAUUUGGUAACUUGGAAUGGGUUGAUUGCUGGAUUCAAUCAGAGUGGAUGUUAUUUGGAGUCAAUAUACAUGUUUAAGAAUAUGCAUUUACGAGGUUUUAAGUCCGAUGGGACUAGUAUAUCUAGUGUUCUUCCCUCAGUAGGGGAUUUAGAGGAUCUAAAUGUGGGUAUUCAAAUUCAUGGUUAUGCGGUAAAGCAGGGAAUUGAAUUGGACAAAUGCGUUGUUAGUGCUCUUAUAGAUAUGUAUGGGAAGUGUGCAUGCAGUUCAGCGAUGUCACAAGUGUUUGAUGAAAUGGAUCAAUUAGACUUAGGUGCUUGCAAUGCACUUGUUGCUGGGCUUUCAAGAAAUGGGCUUGCUGAUGAGGCAUUGAUGGUGUUUAAGCAAUUCAAGAGCAAAGAGAUGGACUUGAAUGUCGUGUCAUGGACGUCAGUGAUCGCUUGUUGCUCUCAAAACGGUAAAGACAUGGAGGCUUUAGACCUGUUCAGAGAGAUGCAGAUUGCUGGGGUGAGGCCAAAUUCUGUGACAAUCCCUUGCUUGUUACCAGCUUGUGGAAAUAUUGCAGCACUAAUGCAUGGGAAAGCAGCUCAUGGCUUCUCCCUUAGAAGGGGGAUUUCUUUUGAUGUGUAUGUGGGCAGUGCACUGAUUGAUAUGUAUGCCAAAUGUGGGAGGAUUGAAGCAUCUCAACUCUUUUUUGAUGGGAUGCCCACUCGAAAUUUGGUUUGUUGGAACGCGUUGAUGGCUGGGUAUGCAAUGCAUGGAAAAGCCAAGGAAGUGAUGGAGAUCUUUCAUUUGAUGCUGAGGAGUGGGCAAAAGCCCGACUUCAUUAGCUUUACCUGUAUAUUAUCUGCAUGUAGCCAAAGUGGUCUAACAGAAGAGGGACAGUACUACUUCAACAGCAUGUCUGGAGAGCAUGGAAUUGAAGCACGAGUGGAGCAUUAUGCUUGCAUGGUGACCCUUCUUGGUCGUGCAGGAAAGCUAGAAGAGGCUUAUUCUAUCAUCAAGAAAAUGCCUUAUAAGCCAGAUGCUUGUGUUUGGGGAGCUUUACUGAGUUCUUGUAGAGUUCACAAAAACAUGAGCUUGGGAGAGAUUGCUGCCGAUAAGUUAUUUAAGUUAGAACCUAAAAAUCCUGGGAAUUAUAUUCUUCUGUCCAACAUAUAUGCUUCUAAGGGAAAAUGGGAUGAGGUAGAUAAAGUGAGGGAUAUGAUGAAGAGCAUGGGUUUGAGAAAGAACCCCGGUUGCAGUUGGAUUGAGGUUAAAAACAAGGUGCACGUGCUUUUGGCAGGAGACAAAUCGCAUCCUCAAAUGACCCAAAUCAUUGAAAAGUUGGAUAAAUUUAGCAUGGAAAUGAAGAAAUCAGGUAGCUUCCCAAUCACCGACUUUGUACUGCAAGAUGUGGAAGAACAAGACAAGGAGCAAAUUUUGUGUGGGCAUAGUGAGAAGUUGGCUGUAGUUUUUGGGCUUCUGAACACUCGGCCAGGUUCUCCUCUUCGAGUUAUAAAGAACCUUAGAAUUUGUGGGGAUUGCCAUGCUGUUAUAAAGUUCAUAUCCAACUUUGAAAGGAGAGAAAUUUUCGUGAGAGAUACUAAUCGCUUUCAUCACUUCAAAGAUGGGGUAUGCUCCUGUGGGAAUUAUUGGUGAUUGUAUUUAAUGGUUGCAUGCUAUCAGUACUCGGAGAAAAACUGGAAACUGGAUGUGUAAUAUGUCUGCAGCAGACAGAAUUGAUUGAGCCACCCAGUGUAAUGGAUAGAGCCAAGGCAGGUUGCAGGGAGGGUGUACUGGAAUGGUUGUUAUAAAGCUCAAACUCACUUCACACACUUGACACUGCAAGCUUUUAUCAUCACAUGGAGGAGGAAGGAUGGAUAUCAAACUGAAAUUCAUUUGUGGUGAACCUGAAGGUUUGAAGAGAGAAUAUUUUGUACUCCUUUCUUGUAUAUGGACGGCCUUCAUAUGCUGGGUUCUUGGAGCUGCAAAACAAGGCUUUCUAAUUCUGAAUUCAAAAUUCUUUGGUUGAACUUUUACUUGGAGGAGGGUAAGUCUGAGAGGGGAGUGGAAGAUACGAGGUUGGGAUUAUUUCUUCCUCUUGUUUGCAUGUAAUUGCAAAAGUUGCUUCAACCUAAUUGGUUUAAGUUGUUGCCAAUGCAGCCUUCCAUAUCCUUUGCAUUACUAUUCUAAUAUUUGAUGCCAAAUAGAAUAUGGUCUUGCAACAAGUUCAGAACCCAGAACUUUUCUCACUAUUCCAAAAAUUCUGGUUGAUUUGUGAUGAUGAUGAAAUUUCAACGUUAUGUGGUGGAAAUUUUGCGGAGGAACUGAUGUCAGUAAACUCUGUACCAUCAGUGCCAAGGUGUGUCAAAAUCAUGAUCAAUGGUGUCCAGAUGAAAUGGAGGAUAAGGAUCAACCAUGUAUAGCAGAAUUGAAGGGUUGGUGGCAGAGACUUUGGAUGGUGUUUAAUUGUACAAAUCAUUUUUGUUCGUCACUUUUGUUAAAUGGCAUGGACAGAUCAUUUAAGUUAAAGGAGUUGCUGAAGAGAAACUUGCUGGUUUGCAGUUAUCAAGUAGUGUUGGUUUUGAGAAUGGAAGAUUAGAUAUCAAAACUGAUUCAGCAGUGGCAGUGUCUCUCAUCACCGAGCCCCUCUAGCCAGAAUCAUCCAGGAUUGCUAAAAUCUAUCUCCUUGCCACUGUGGCAGUGACAAAUAGGGUUCACUCUUAUUAGACAAAGUAAUGCAUAUGCUGAUCUUUUGGCAAAUGGAGGACACAAAAUAGAAGACACAGUUAGUGUGUUGGAAGAGCCGCCUCUUGGGGUAAGUCAAUGUAAUAGUUAGUAAAUGGUAAGUUGGCUUUGUACUAAUAUCAGUUCUCUUCCUUAAGCUAAUAAGUUAAUGCUGCAAUGGUGGAAGUAAAAACCCUAGGUGAGUGGGAAACCAUGUUUUGAUCAUCUGACCUCUGGGUUUAUGGCCACCACCACACUUGUCCUGCAAUCUAUUUUGUUUUUUGUCGUCUGUAAUUCAAUUUGUUGGCUUAUUGUCAGCAGUAUUUGUUUUAAUUUUUUCGGCUUGUUAUCAUGACAAAAGGAAAUGUAUACCAGUGAAGAGGGUUGAGAAAUAUAUUUUUCUUAUUCUUUUUGCUGCA